GUACAAGAAUUUCCAAGCAGUGAGGUUGAAGAUAUUGGGAUAUUGUGUGGUCCUGUCAUUCACAUUUCAAGCUCUCAGAACAUUGUACACACGGAGCCUGUGACUAUCAAGGCUCCCCUCACCCUUCGUGAAAGUAAGCAUGACUUUUCAGAGCUUUCAACUGAGGUCGUAAGGAUAUCACACCUUGACUCAGAGAGAAAACCAGGGAACGCUAGCUGGACAGAUAUAACAAGUCAACUAGAAGGGCAAGUUACUGUUAAAGAUGGAAAUGUAGAAUUCAAGGUGAAGCAUUUCUGUCGAUUCUGUCCAGUCUGUGUGUUCAAUAAACCCGUAGCUCUUCUGGAGGAUUUUUUUCGUCGUCUUUUCUUCAGACCCAUGCCACAAUGUGUACAUUUUCUCACUUGUCUAUGUAAGACAACAGUUCCUGAUACUUACGGCCUUUUGCUGUAUUGUUACCCAAAUUUCAAAAAGGCUGAGGUGGAAAAGAAAUUUUCAAGUUAUGAUGCGCCUUACAAAGGUGAAGGAAAGUCAAAGGAGCCUGCUUGUGUUGGAGAUGAAAUUGUGGUUUCUCCAUUAGCGCUUGAUUUUGUGCGGGAAUCUCAAACGAAUGAAAAGGUAGUUCUCAGGUUUCUUGGAAAUGAUAUAUCUGACAACAGCGAUAGGGCUUUGAUUGUUCGCGUGGACAACGAAAGUGUUAACGUUCCAACCGUGAAGUUCUCUAAAGACGAAGAGCAGCCAAAACUUCUCUGUGAAGUACCAAUCUUAAAGACUCGACUAGCAUCUGCGGUUCCUCCCACAGUGACUGUGGAUCCGAGAGUUUUACCAGAGGAGAGACCUUCACUCAUUAAAGAUGGUGAACCUGAUGAUGUUGAUUUAUCAGACAUAGCAGAAAAAAUUCCUCAACUGUGGAAAAAACUAGGUCGUGUUUUAAGAGUUCCACGAGAGAAACUAGACGAACUUGCUAUUAGACAUGAGAGUGAUGCCUACGAAGGGGCUUUCCAAAUGCUAUCGUGCUGGAAAGAACAUGCAAGCGAUGGUGCAAUUUCAAGCUACCGAGUACUGUUCGACGCCCUGACCAAAAUUGGCCGAAGCGAUUUGGCCAAGAAGUACUGUUGUAACUGAUGCACGUUUGGUGCUUUUGAAGGAAGACAAAUUUAAUAUGCCGGCAGAUAGAAUCCUUUUUAAGAGGAUUUAAACACAGAUCAGAUCUGAAACAAAGGGAACGGUUAUUAUUUAUCAUCCCCCCCUCCCUCAUCGGCAACCCCCCGUUUAAACUCUGUUAGAGACGAGUGAUCCCCCCUCUGUUCCCCUUGAAAACUUGUGAUACCCACCAAAUCUACCC